GGGGGGGAUCCUGGCUUGGGCGGGAAAGCCAUCGGGAGGGCGGUGGCGGGAUCGCGGCCAUGCGGCACGGCGGGUACGGCGGGUGCGGGGAGGAGCUGGCGGGAACCGGCCUGACCGGUUCGAUGCCGGCACCCCCAGUGCUGGGGGGCUCGGGCAGCCCUGCCGCCGGCACGUGGCCCGGCUGAAGGUCACCGUCCCCACGGCCACCCGCCCGCCGGGGUGAGCGAGCUCGGUGCCCUGCCGCAAACCGUCCCUCUGCCAAAAAGCACGGUGGGGAAGCGAGCCCUUGCCGCUCUGGCACGCUUUGCCGCCGGCGGCCGGUUUUCGGGUGCCCCAACCGGCUCGGUGGCACCGAGCGGUUUCGGUGCCACGGGAGGAUCCCGGUGCCGCGGGGGAGCGGUCGGCGGCACCGGUGGUCCGGAAGGGUGAGCCAGCGCUGAGCUCACCGGGAAGGUGUCCCGUGGGUGCGGCGGUGACGCACGGCCCCGGCGCGGGGUGCCAGCGUGUGGGGGCUCGGCGCGGCGAUGACGCUGGUCCCGCCGGAGCGCCUCCUCCUCCGGGAGCGCGGCCCCCGGCUCCUGGGGUGCAUCACCCUGCUCUGGGGUAAGGGGGAGGCGAAUCCCCAAAUCUCAGGGCCCCGGGGGGGGAGGGCUGUGCCAGGAUCCGGCCGGGCCCUAUCCUGCCUGGCCUUAUCCAUAGCUGGGAUUUUUGGGGUUGGGGGAUGCUGGCACCCCCAGGCCUGGAGGGUUCGGCCAUCAGGUCAACCCCGGGGGCUCUCCCUCCACCGUGGAGGAGGUGUGAGCCCCCCCUUGGCCCCAAACAGCCCCUAAGUACGCUGCUCUCCCCCCCCCCCCCAGACCCGCCCUGUGCCCUGCCGGUGCCGGGGGAUGCCGGCAUGCCGGUGCCCGCCUGCCCGCAACGCCCUGCCCUGAGCCCGGUGCCGGAGCCCGGCCGCGCCAUGGAGGAGCCGGCCGGCGGCGGGACCGAGCCGUGGGCUGAGGGGCUGCGCAACAGCAACAACAACGCUUCCCCGGGGGGGUGGCCGGGCACCCGUGGUGGGCACCCCCUGGCACCUUUCGGCGGCCCCGGGGCCGAGCCCAGCUACCUGGGGCGGGUGGUGCUGGAGAUCGUGGAGUCGGAGCGCACUUACGCCCGCGACCUGCGCAGCAUCGUGGAGGGUUACCUGGGCAAGAUCAUCGACACGGAGGAGCCGGUGCUGCGGCCGGAGCAGGUCAGCGCGCUCUUCGGCAACAUCGAGGACAUCUACGAGCUCAGCAGCACCCUGCUGCAAAACCUGGAGAGCUGCGCCAGCGACCCCGUGGCCGUGGCCGUCUGCUUCGUCACCCGGAGCCAGGAGUUUGCCAUCUACACCCAGUACUGCAACAACUACCCCAGCUCGGUGGCGGCGCUGGCCGAGUGCAUGAGGAGCAAGCCGCAGGCUCGGUUCCUCCGCGAGUGCCAGGAGCGGCUGCGGCACGCGCUGCCCCUCGGCGCCUACCUGCUCAAGCCCGUCCAGAGGAUCCUCAAGUACCACCUGCUGCUCCAGGAGAUCGCCAAGCACUUUGAGCACAAGUCAGGGGACGACUACGAAGUGGUGCUGGAAGCCAUCGACACCAUGACCUGCGUCGCCUGGUACAUCAACGACAUGAAGCGCAAGCACGAGCACGCCAUCCGCCAGCAGGAGAUCCAGUCGCUGCUGCUGGGUUGGAAGGGGCCGGACCUGACCAGCUACGGGGAGCUGGUGCUGGAGGGCACCUUCCGAGUGCAGCGGGCGCGCCACGAGCGUGCCGUCUUCCUCUUCGACAAGACCCUCCUCAUCACCAAGCGCCGCGGUGACCACUACGUCUACAAGAGCCACAUCCCGUGCUCCUCGCUGAUGCUGAUCGAGAGCACGCGGGACUCGCUCUGCUUCAGCCUGGCUCACUACAAGCACGGCAAGCAGCAGCACAGCCUGCAGGCCAAAAGCGUGGAGGAGAAGCGUGUGUGGACCCACCACAUCAAGCGGCUUAUCCUGGAGAACCACCACGCCAUCAUCCCCCAGAAGGCUAAGGAAGCCAUCCUGGAGAUGGACUUGUUCUACCCCCCGCGCCUGCCCCGCUGCAGCCCCGAGCGCCUGAAGAAGAGCUGGUCCUGCCAGCCCUUGGGUGACGCCGCCGCCGAACCGCGCCAGGGCCGCCGGCAGUCCGAGCCCUUCCAGUGCCGGGACCGCGCGGAGACGCUGCCGGAUCGGCUGCACGGGCACACGGGGCGCAGGCAGUCGGAGCCUGCCAAGCAGAUCCUGCGGCAGCUGGGCGAGCAAGGGCUCAAGGUAAGGCGGGGGCGCAGGGUGGGUUAGGGUGCCCGGUGCCCCCCUGCCCUGGCACGCCGCUUGCCGGGAGGGCACGGGGCACUGAGCCCAGCGCUCGCCCCUGCGCAGCACGCUGGAAGCGACGGGGCUCUCCUGGAGGCCGGGGACCCCCCCCAGCACCCCAGAUCCUGGGCGGCUGCUGAGGGAGUGGUGGAGGAGGAAGAGGAGGAGGAGGAAGAGGAGGAAGAAGAGGAAGAUGUAGAGGAGGCUUUGGGCAAGGACUACCAGGAGGAGCUGCCCGGGGCCAGGGACCUGCCGGUGGAACCCCAGGAGGAGCAGGCUGAGGGGCACCCACCGGCGCCGGAGGGACCCAAGCGGCCGAGCAGCUGGGGGCCGGGGAGCUGCGAGAAGGCCGGCAGCUCCGGGGAGCACCCUGAGGGGCUGGGGGCACCCGAAGCCCCGUCCUCGGCGGGGACCCCGGUACCGGCGCUGCCCGGCGGGGAGGGGGAGCCGGAGCGUGCUGCAGAGGAUUUGCAGGGGCUGAGCAGCGAGGAGGAGGAGGAAGAAGAAGGAGCUGCAGACAGCAUCCUGCCGCCUUCGGUGCUGGACCAGGCCAGCGUCAUCGCCGAACGCUUCGGCGGCGGCGGCAGCUUCUCCCGCCGCAGCAGCCUGGCGCUGGAGGGGCCGGUGGGACGGCCGGCCAGCCGCAGCGGCAGCGCCCUCAGCCUGGACGGCGGCCCCCCGCUCGAGACCGGGGAGCCCGGGGGGUCCCACAGCACCGUCCCCGAGCCCGAGCCCCUCACCGGAACCCGCCGGGAGUCGCUGCUUUCCAGCCGGGACCGCCUGCUCCUCGAUAAGAUCAAGAGCUACUACGGUCAAGCCGAAAACCGGGACGCCGGCUUCAGCGUCCGCCGCCGCGAGAGCCUCUCCUUCAUCCCCAAGGGGCUGGUGCGAAGCUCCGUCUCCCGCCUCAACGGUCUCCCCCGGCCCCCGGCAAGCCCCGAGCCCCCCAUCCAGCCGGCACCGGAGGAGCCGUGCCGGGAGAACGGGCUGCAGCCCCCCGAGCCGCUGCUCAUCGUGGAGGAGGACGACCUGGGUGCCGGGGGCGAGGGGCCGCCGGCCGGGCCACCGCCUCGGUUGCUGUUGACCCCCCCGCACCCCGGCACCAAGGUGUACCAGCUGGCGCGGCAAUACAGCCUCCGCAUCAAGAGCCGCCGCGCCGGUGCCCGCCGCGCCCCGGUGCAGCCGAAAGAGGGGGACCCACGUGCCGGCACCCCCUCGGCGGCUGCGCCGAAAGACGGGGGGCUGGCGGUGUCCCCCUCCCCGGCUGCCACCCGCAGCCCCUCCAGCCCCAGCAGCGCCGAGCCCUUUGCUUGGCCCGACGUGCGGGAGCUUCGCGCCCGUUUCGGCGCCCCGCGGCCCCCGCCGGUGAGCCGCAGCCGCUCGGCACCCGAGGGGCCGUGCCGGGGGGGUCGGCCGGCCGAAAAGGAGCGGGGCAGCGGCCGAAGCCGGAGCGCCGAGGCGGGCGGGGGGUCCGGCACCCCUGAGCCGGUGCCGGCGCGGCACAGCAGCGAUGGGGCACUGUGGGUGGCGGCGGAGGCCCCCCUGGGCUCCGGGCAGCGGGUGCUGGUGCUGGAGCGGCUGCCGGCCCCCGCCGAGCCCCCCGCCUACGUGCAGAUCCGCUCGCCCACCACCCGGGAGAAGAUCUGCUUGAAGGCGGUGGUGGAGCGUUGCAAAGCCUACCAGGCUUCCGAGGAGUACCGGCGGCGCUGCCCGGAGCCCCCCGACACCCCCGAGCCCCCCGAACCCCCUCGCCACGGCCUCGUCAGGGACCUGCGGCAGAAAUUUCAGACCCUUGACGCCGCCAGCUAGGUGGGCGACGGGGGGGAGAAGGGAUGUCCUGCGGACCCUCGGGGGGAAGGAGCAUCCCACGGACCUCCAACCUAGCUGGAAGAAGGGGCACCCCGUGGACCCCCAACUUGUCCAGGAGCAGGGACACCCGAUGGACCCCCCAGCUUCUCCAGGAGCAGGGACACCCCGUGGACCCCCAGCUCACCUGGGAGAAGGAGCACCCUGUGAGCCUCUAAUCUACCUGGAAAAAGGGGCACCCGGUGGAGGACCAGCCUGCCCAGGAGAAGGGGCACCCCACGGACCCCCAAGGUUGCUUGGCAGAAGGAGCACCCUGGGGACCCCCGGCCUCCCCAGGAGCUGGGGCACCCCGUGGACCCCCAGCUCACCCAGGAAGAGCACCCUGUGGACCUCCAACUCACCUGGGAGAAGGGGCACCCUGGGGACCCCCAGCCUGCCCAGGAGCAGGGGCACCCCGUGCCCCCCCCCGGGCACCCAGCACUGUGCCCGGCUCGCUUUCACAUCUUUAUUAGAAAAAAACAAACCAAAACAAAACAA